AUGGGUCACAACCCAGGCGGAGCUCUUGACGAGAUCGACCUAAACAUGCUGAAGGAUCCUGCCGGAAUUUUCGAACUAAUUGAGGUUGUCGGGAAUGGAACUUAUGGCCAGGUAUACAAGGGUCGUCAUGUCAAAACAUCACAGCUAGCUGCUAUCAAAAUAAUGAACAUUAACGAAGAUGAAGAAGAAGAAAUCAAGCUAGAGAUAAAUAUGUUAAGAAAAUACUCUUACCAUCGCAACAUUGCCACGUACUACGGUGCUUUUAUAAAGAAACUUCCUUCGUCAACGGGCAAACACGAUCAGUUAUGGCUGGUCAUGGAGUUCUGUGGAAGUGGAUCUGUCACAGACCUUGUGAAGAGCAGCAAAGCAUCUUCUAUUAAAGAAGACUGGAUCGCUUAUAUAUGCAGGGAAAUCCUCAGGGGCCUUUAUCAUCUGCAUCAGAAUAAGGUUAUUCAUCGAGAUAUUAAAGGACAGAAUGUCCUUUUGACUAAUAGUGCAGAGGUGAAGCUAGUGGACUUCGGCGUUUCUGCUCAACUUGACAAAACGGUUGGACGAAGAAAUACGUUCAUAGGGACCCCAUACUGGAUGGCUCCAGAAGUGAUAGCUUGUGAUGAGAACCCCGAAGCUACAUAUGACUCACGAUCUGAUCUUUGGUCCCUUGGGAUAACUUCCCUGGAGAUGGCAGAAGGUCAUCCACCUCUUUGUGAUAUGCACCCUAUGCGUGCGCUUUUCCUUAUUCCUCGUAAUCCUCCGCCGAGGUUGAAACGCACAAAGAAAUGGUCAAAGAAAUUCGAGUCAUUCAUUGAGACUGUUCUGAUAAAGGAUUAUAAACAACGACCGUAUACGGAUCAGCUUCUUCGCCAUCCUUUUAUUAGAGACCAGCCGCCUGAACGAAGUAUACGAAUAGCUAUCAAGGACCACAUUGACAGACAUCGCCGCAUCACCAAAAAAGAUGCAACCGAAUACGAAUAUUCGGGAAGUGAUGACGACGAACCGAACUCCUUGAAGCCCCUCACGCGUCGAGACGAAGCAGCAUCCAUGAUACCGGCAGACAACACUUUGCGGAAGGGCUUUCAACGAAUCCAAGAAGCCAGUCGAGGCGCAUUUGAACAUGCUGACGCCCAACAUCCAAAAAGAAGAGCGCCAAAUCAUGACCGACCAACAACUGCUAACCCUAUUCAUAAUGCGUACAGAUAUUGUGUGGAUGGACGCAGUCGCGAGGAACAGGUGAAAAUGCGUGCGCAAGCCGCUAUACCUCGCCCUGUGGCUGGUAAUAUUCGAAUUGAUUCUGAAAGACGUCAGCGGCCCUCUAGUCAUCAUCAGAGGUCUCCGCAGCAGUCACAUCCUGCUGCACCUCACCUGGCAGACCUUGCUAAUUACGGCCGAAGGCAGUCGGAGCGUGGAGAACGUAAAGAGAAGGAUAGAAGUGUCACGAAGGAAUGCGCAGGAGGCUACAGAAGUGCAGCGCCAGUGGCUCGUGUUGCAGCUAAUAUCACAGUUGGUCCGGUACAAAAACAUAGCAAGCCACUGUUGCACCAACCACAGUCGAGACCCGAGGACUUGGAUCUGCUCGCUUGCGAGCUGUCACAAAUAGGCCUUUCUGCGAGUAGUAGGGGUGCUGCAUCACCUCCUCCUCCUGCUCCACCACCUCGUGACGCGUCCAUUGCUAACGUGACCAGCUGUGAUGAUACUUCUAUUGAAGGAACAUUGCGUGGUCCGAACAAACCUCUUCCUCCGACACCCACCGAGAGUUCGCCUUCAAAAGGUUCUUGUGCAGAGGACAGUGUUUUGCAUGCAAAGAGAAACAGUCGUGAUUUGUCUCGACCAAACAUGGUGAAGGCGUCGAGUUUGCCUGACCAUGCGCCCGCAAGGGCUUCCUCCGAUUUUGAAUUAGGAGAUAGCUCGUCUGAUAGCGGAGCAGAUGACCAUGAAUUUCGAACUUCUGCACGUCAGCCUUCGGGAAAGAAAUCACUGCUGCCAGAUGUUACUUCUUCCUUCCAAGGAAAUGGUCCAUUGGCGUUACCGGAUUUGCUGCCAGAACCGCGAGAAGUGAACAAAGUAGAUGGUCAGAGAUUUUGUGACGACUCAUUAGUGGAGCUGUCUGGAAGUGCCACUGCCUGUACGGAUGGCUCGAGGAUCUCUCUUCAACAACAACCGCUUUCCUCGAGAGAUCGAGAAAAAUCGUUUGUUGGCUUCUUUGGAACUGGAGCACUGGGAACAGGAACUGUGAAUCGUCCCGGUAGAGGACAGAGUGCUAGCCAGGUUCAGGUGAACGUUAAUCCAAACUCUCAAAAUGGGUCUAACCUGGAACCAGAUGCUCCUGAAAUCAGGAAGUACAAGAAAAAAUUCAGUGGAGAAGUUUUGUGUGCAUCCCUAUGGGGUGUGAAUCUUCUCAUAGGAACGGAUGGAGGACUCAUGCUGUUGGAUCGCAGCGGUCAAGGAAAAGUCUACCAAUUAAUAAACCGAAGACGAUUCGAACAAAUGGCUGUGCUCGAGGGACAGAAUAUACUCAUCACUAUUUCUGGACGGAAGCGAAGGAUCAGAGUCUACUACCUAAGUUGGCUCAAGCAAAAAAUUUUGAGGACCGAGGGAUCCGUUUCUGGUGCACCUACGGAAAAGCGAAAUGGCUGGGUCAAUGUCGGCGAUCUCCAGGGAGCUAUUCAUUUCAAAAUCGUCCGUUAUGAACGCAUCAAGUUUCUUGUGGUGGGCAUGGAGAGUAGCAUAGAAAUAUAUGCAUGGGCACCCAAACCAUAUCAUAAGUUCAUGAGUUUCAAGUCCUUUGGAUCUUUACCCCACUUACCACUCAUUGUUGAUUUGACUGUGGAAGAGAACGCACGUCUGAAAGUUCUUUACGGAUCUCACGAAGGGUUCCAUGCUAUUGACUUGGAUUCUGCUGCCAUAUACGAUGUCUACACUCCUUCGAAUUCGCAACAGAAUAUGGUUCCGCAUUGUAUUGUUGUUCUGCCCAAUAGCAACGGCAUGCAAUUGCUCCUCUGUUAUGACAAUGAAGGUGUGUAUGUAAAUACGUAUGGAAAAAUGUCAAAGAAUGUGGUGUUGCAAUGGGGCGAGUUGCCCAGUAGCGUCGCUUAUAUAUCAACUGGACAAAUAAUGGGUUGGGGGAACAAGGCUAUAGAGAUUCGGUCUGUCGAUACGGGCCACUUGGAUGGUGUUUUCAUGCACAAAAAGGCUCAGAAACUAAAGUUCCUGUGUGAGCGUAAUGAUAAGGUAUUCUUCUCGUCUGCAAAAGGUGGUGGUUCUUGCCAGAUUUAUUUUAUGACCCUAAAUAAGCCAGGUCUCUCGAACUGGUAG